AUGGGGAGCGGAAUUAGCUCAGAGAGCAAAGAGUCAGCCAAAAGAUCCAAAGAACUGGAGAAAAAGCUUCAGGAAGAUGCUGAACGAGAUGCAAGAACUGUCAAGUUGCUGUUAUUAGGUGCAGGAGAAUCUGGAAAAAGUACAAUCGUUAAACAAAUGAAGAUCAUCCAUAAGAAUGGUUACAGUGAGGAAGAAUGCAUGGAGUUCAAAGCAGUCAUUUACAGUAACACACUGCAAUCCAUCCUAGCGAUUGUGAAAGCCAUGACUACCCUUGAGAUUGAUUAUGUAAAUCCCACAAGUGCAGAAGACCAACAACAACUCUGCACGAUGGCCAACACUCUGCAAGAUGGCGGCAUGACACCUGAACUGGCUGAGGUAAUAAAGCGACUCUGGAGGGACCCCGGAGUUCAGGCCUGCUUUGAAAGGGCAUCUGAGUAUCACCUCAACGACUCAGCAGCUUACUAUCUUAAUGACGUCGACAGAAUCACAGCUCCUGGAUAUGUCCCGAAUGAGCAAGAUGUGCUACAUUCUAGAGUGAAAACAACUGGAAUCAUUGAAACUCAAUUCUCCUUUAAAGAUUUGCAUUUCAGAAUGUUUGAUGUAGGAGGACAGAGAUCUGAGAGAAAGAAAUGGAUUCACUGCUUUGAAGGCGUCACAUGUAUUAUAUUUUGUGCUGCUCUCAGUGCCUACGACAUGGUCCUAGUGGAAGACGGGGAAGUGAACAGAAUGCAUGAAAGCCUUCACCUGUUCAACAGUAUCUGUAAUCACAAGUACUUUGCAACCACCUCCAUUGUCCUGUUUCUCAAUAAAAAAGAUCUCUUUCAAGAAAAAGUAACCAAAGUGCAUCUUAGUAUCUGCUUUCCAGAAUACACUGGACCAAAUACAUUUGAAGAUGCAGGGAAUUACAUCAAAAACCAGUUUCUAGACCUGAAUUUAAAGAAAGAAGAUAAGGAAAUUUAUUCCCACAUGACCUGUGCUACAGAUACCCAAAAUGUCAAGUUCGUGUUUGAUGCAGUUACAGAUAUAAUAGUCAAAGAGAAUCUAAAAGACUGUGGGCUUUUCUAA